AUGCCAAAAGAAUCUAGAUCGCGAUCCUCUAAAGCUGGAAAAACACCAGCACCUGUUCCUCCUCCUCCAAACAAACCGCAACAAUGUCAUUUCUAUGUUGCCCGAAAGAGCAGAUAUUGCAGUCUCCCAGCAAAACGCACUAACAAAUUCUGUGGUGAACACUUGGCAGAACAACAAAAGGCUGGAGAUACCGAGACUUUACGUCGAAUUCCUUGUCCUUACGAUCCUUCACACACAAUCUUUGAAAUUAAUCUUGAGCACCACAUGCAAACACGAUGCAAUGCACGACCAAAGGAGCAAGAACAAUUUUAUUCGCUUAAUGUCAACUGCACUCUUGCUCUCACACAAGAGGAACUUGAUUUCCAAAAGACAAUCCAGUCCCACAAGAAUAUGUACUCUCUACCUUGGAUUGCCCGUAUUCAACUCAGCAAAUUGCAGAAAGAAGACAUGAGAUCAGUCGCAGAGAAAGUAGAAAAGGUUUAUAAAGAAUAUGUACCAAAAAUUGAACAAGUCAUACUGACCAAUCCUGCGACAGCCAGUCCUCGCACUGCUGAAAGAUUUGUUAAGCAUCUUGAUCAGCAGUCUUCUUUGCUUGGUCAUAUGGUUCAAAGAGGAAUGCUGGAUGACAAGAAGGCAUGUUUCGUUGAGUUUGGUGCAGGCAGAGGUGAGCUCUCUGGUUUCUUGAAGAAGGCAUUGGACGAAAAGAAUGGAGAGGCUACUUAUGUUCUGGUCGACCGUAAAAAUGUGAAAAGCAAGUUGGAUCCAUUCUUGAAAGGUACAGAUGCCACACACUCAGUAGUCCAGCGAGUUCUUAUUGACAUCAAGGAUCUGGAUCUGAGCAAGGUUCAGGCUUUGAUGAACGAGAACCAAGAGAUGAAAAAGGUGGUAGUUCUCUCCAAGCAUCUCUGUGGAAGUGCGACCGAUAUUACCUUGAAAUGCCUGAUGAACUAUGUGACAAACCAAAGAGAAGCAGGAAAUCUUAAGCCUAUCUCGGGUAUAAUCAUUGCCUUAUGCUGCCAUCAAUUAUGUCGCUAUGAAAUGUACCCUAAUCAUGAAUACUUGAAGCAAACGAACAUUUCAAGGGUUGAGUUCGACCGUUUGAGUAAGAUGAGCAGCUGGGCUACCAGUGGCCCUACGUAUGAUCCAAAGAAAUCAAUCACCGAGACAGAAAAUGUACCAUUAACGGAAGAAGAAGAAGAAGAGUUGGCUGAUCAUGCAGAUGCAGGACAGGAAGAAGGGGAUGCAGACCAGACCAGCAAUCACUACUCUGGGUGGGAUUCUAGUGAGCGUGAAAAAAUAGGCUAUGAGUGUAAGCGCGUUUUAGAUGCUGGAAGAAUGCGUUACCUUCAGGAACACGGGUUUAAGGUUGAACUUGUGUACUAUGUGGAUCCUAAGACUAGUCUAGAGAAUUGUGCAUUAAUUGCAACACCCGAAUAGACAAAACAACCUAAAUACUAUUAGAGCAUGGAAGGCCGUGUGUAAAUAUUUGGCCUUUACCAAAACUUAUUCAAUAAUACAUAUAUAUCAAAUAUUUGCUAUUCUUU